CCAGAGCAAGCCAUGAUGACGGGCGUCCCAGCAGCGCGUGAGGGCAGCCCCGAGCCUGGGAAUGCUGCGAGGAAGUCCUGGACAUUGGCAGGCAGCAGGAAAGGUACCGUACCUGGAGAUCGGGUGAGGACGUCCCCGAUCUCUUCCAGGGCCAACUCGCCAACUCGGGCCUGGUCGCCUUCGUCCCCCAAGAUGGCCGCGAUGCCGAAAACCACGACAGCAGCUCCCAAGAUCAACGUCGGCCCAUUGCCGCAGUCUCCCGUGGCCACCAGCUGGGGCUGGAAGCCUGCAGCGCAAGUGGAGGACCGCCGCUUUGGUCCUGUGAAGUCAGAGCCCUUGGUUCGAAAGGACUCUAUGCCCUUUGUGUGCCGUGAUGGCCUGCCUUUGGAUUAUGGGGCAGUUGCAGACGAAGUGUGGAAGGACUUCGACGCUUCCCUGAACAAGUUGGCAAACGAGGCGGCUUUCCUCCGCGGCAUGCUCAAGGCCCUGGGACGUGAGACGAAGGGACGAGGUGAUGUUCCCCGAAUGCCAAGCUCUAGGCUGCAACCAAUGCCAGUCUGCAAGGACAUGGUCGAUGAUAAGGCAAAGAUGAUCGAGCCCUGCUCAGGUGGCUUGAAGCCUAGGGGCAUGCGCGAGAACCGCAGUCCCCGCUCUGUUCGCCUGGGGGUUGUGAAGGAGAUUGUUGAGGAUGCCCCUGCUCCGCCGCCGGAGAAGGAGGCUCCCACGCGAAUGCGCAGGCCGUUUGGUGAU